AUGUUCGAGGUCCGAGGCUUGAGGUGCUCGCUCGUUCUUGAGCCGCCGGAGGUGCGGGAGGUCGCGCAGCUCGGGGACGGGCACUUCCGGCUCGCGCGGGGGGAGGUUGUGCAGCAGGGGGACGGGUACUUCCGGCUCAGGCGGUGGGCAGCUCCGCAUAUGCCACAGGGCCGUCCGCUGCUGCCGUCAGCGCCUCCGAGGCCGGGGGAGCGGCCUGCGGCGUGGCCGCAGGGCCAUCUUCGCAGCCGGGCAGCGGCCGGAACGUCGCCCGCCACCGCAGCGACGACGGAGGUGAUCCCGCCCAGCUCGGCCGAGAGCGCCACGCUGGCGGGCUCCUGCCUGGACGGCAACGCGCGCCCGAGGGUGAUCUCCGCCCUCCAGCUCCUGGAGGAGUCGGACGACGAGUCGGUCUUCUGCGGCCCGCCGUCGGACGCGGAGGGCCCCGGGCCGGGGCGGGCCCCGGCGGAGGAGAGGGCGCUGGCGGACCUCGGCAUUGCGCACCCAGACGACGAACGUGCGCGGCGUGAGGCCGUGAUGGACGCACGGGCCGCCGCCAGAGCCGCCUGGGCCGCGGAGGCAGAGGUCGCGGAGCGAGUGCGCCGCUGCAUGCGCCCGAGGGGGGAUGUGGCCGGCAAAGGCCAGAAGUUCAUAUGCCGCUUCCCGAUCGGGCUCGAAGACAACGUGGAGUUCGGCCUGGUGAACAAGAUUCUGGGUCGGGGUGGGAUCAACAUGCGCAGUAUUGCAGAGCAUUGUGGUGCCAAGCUGCGCCUCCGUGGAAUCGGCAGCGGUUACCCCGAGCCUGCCACCGGCAAGGAGGCGAACAUGCCUCUGGAGUUGGAGGUCAGUUGCACAGAUUUCGGGUCGUACUCUGAUGCUGCGAUUCGCGUGGCCCGACACCUGCAGGGCAUCUACCUCCAGUACCGCCGAUACGCACGCGCCAGGGGGAUGCCGCAGCCCGACGUGAAGGUCACUUUGGAGGAGCUGCGCCGAGACGACCUCCCCUGCGGCCCGUCUUCUCCGGUGCCGACGGCCGGGGUCUGGUGGCCGCCGGCUGCCGACGAGCCGCCGGCCGGCCUCCUACGGCCGGUGCCCAGCAGCGCCUCCCAGCAGCAGCUGCCGCAGCCGUGUGGGCCGUCGCUGGCCGCCCGCGGCGCCGCGCCGUCCCAGCCGCGGGCGCCGCCGCGCGCCGGAGGCAGCCCCCCGACGUAA